AUGGCGAAAGCGUAUGAUCGUAUGGAGUGGCCGUUUCUGCGCAAAAUGAUGCUGGCUUUAGGCUUUUCUGUGGACUGGGUGAAUUUGGUGAUGUUAUGUGUCACCACGGUCUCCUACAAUUUUUUGGUGAAUGGCACAAACCUGGUCAGGUUGUUCCCACACGUGGCAUUCGCUAGGGAGAUCCACUAUCACCAUAUUUAUUCAUUAUCUGUGCUGAGGGUCUCUCGCUACUACUCCAGCAGGCUGAAGCUAGGGGAGAUUUUCAUGGCGGUGAACUUCCAUAAGUCGAGUGUGUGUUUUAGUAGGAACACAUCUGAGAUUGACAGAGAUAUUGUGGCUACAGUACUGGGGGUGGUUCAAGCCCCUAAUUUUGGGAAAUAUCUAGGUCUCCCAUCUUUUGUGGGGAGAGAGAAUAGAGCAGUGUUUUCAUAUAUUGAGGAUAAAAUUAAGCACAAAAUUGGUUCGUGGAGUAAGAAGCUUAUUUCACAGGCAGGAAAGGAGAGGAUCAUGAAUCGUUAUUGGUGGGGAAUUGGGAACGAGAAGGGAAUACAUUGGAAGGCGUGGGACAGACUGUGUGUUCCCAAGAAGUUUGGUGGUUUGGGUUUCAAGGAUUUGAGGGCUUUUAAUCUGGCAAUGUUAGGUAAACAGGCCUGGAGAUUCCUUACAAGACCCCAAUCAUUGGUGGCUCGUAUCUAUAAAGCCAGGUAUUUUCCAAAGACCUCUUUUAUUGAUGCCACUCUGGGGACUUGCCCAAGCUACUACUGGAGGAGUGUUAUGGCUGCCCAUGAGCUGGUUUGUAGUGGAGUCCGAAGAAGAGUGGGUGAUGGCAAAGCAACUUUAAUCUGGGGCCACCCAUGGUUACCUGACGAACCUGAUCCAAUGAUCCAGACUUCUAUGCCCCAAGAACUUGAUGGCUCUUUGGUCUCAGGGUUGCUUGACCCAGCAACUGUAUGGAAUGAAUCUUCUUUACAUGUUCCUAGUGUGGGAGGGGAUGAUUUUGGUGAAUGGUUUGCUAGUGCAUUAUGCAUGUUAACAGAGGAUGAUGUUCUCAAUAUUGUAGCACUACUAUAUCACAUAUGGAAGGCGAGGAACUCGGCAGUUUGGGAGGGAUCGCUGCCACAUCCGAGGAGCGUGUGGCGGGCAGCCCGAGCCGCAGUGUUCGCGUGGCGCCAAGUGCACAACGCAGCGGACCAUCAUCCACCGCCCCAAGCAGCGCCGAAUCCAGAGGUGCACACUGUUGCGCUGCUGUGUUACGUCGACGCGGGCUAUCGGCAUCAGACCAAGGAGGCCACGGUGGGAGCACUAUUGUUGACGCAGAAUGGAGAUUUUGUUGCAGCUUUCAACGCCCGUCUACCGCAUUGCUUCUCACCACUUAUGGCGGAAUCGUUAGCCUGCAAGGAAGCUUUGUCGUGGCUCAAGGAUCGUGGCAUAAACUCGGUGCAUAUCUAUACGGAUUGUUCCACUCUCAAGAAUUUAUUAGUUAUGACUAGUACUAGUCUUUUUUCUUAUGUUGGCUUUUCCAUUGAUGCCUCUAGGGCUAUUAUGUCUUCUUUCAUUCGAUGCUCUGUUAGUUUAAUUCCUAGAACCACUAAUAGAGGGACUCACACGCUUGCAACGUUGACUUUCUCGCAAGUUACUGCUUUGUAUUGGGAUGCUAUCCCCCUACUCUAUUUCUGA